AUGAGGUCUGCCCGCUGUUACCUGCUUCUCAGCCUCCUCAUCGUUCUCCUCAUGGCUUACGGUGAGGCGCUGCAGUGCUAUACCUGUAUGGGUUCCACCGAUGAGGACUGUAACCGCCAGGGCUCUAAAACAUGUCCCAGCUACUCGGAUGCCUGUGCCAUCGUGCGUGGACACGGAAGCGGGGUGAUGAAGUCUUGCUCCUACAAAUCGUUCUGUAGCCAGGCAAACAGCCAGGGCUACAGGGCCCCUGGGGUCAAAGUGCACUGCUGCUACUCUGACGACUGUAACGUAGCUGGACACGCCACCAGACUUGGCGGAGGAGUCAGCGUCCUCAUCCUCACUCUCCUUCUCCCGUUCGCGUGGCAACUGCUCUAA